UUAUGUUCAGACGAGAUCUUUUGAAUUUAAAACAAUCGGCAUUUAUUUUAUUGGUUUUAAGAUUAUUUAUAUUUGUUCUUAAGGUGUGUCAUAAAUUAUUCCACAUUUUGGUUUGUGUACACACGUUCAACAUAUUUCAUGAUAGGUUUUACUAUUUAAUUGCGUUCUAUAAUCGCCAAUGAUAUUAUCGAUCAGCAUGCCAUGAACACAGCAGGCUCAAACUCAUUAGGUGAAUAAAGAGUCGAUGUACCAGGACCAAGAUCUAAUUUUAAAGAUGACUACCACUAGUACCAGACCCUUCAUUAACGCUAACCUUAUAAAACAACUGAUAUCAGAUGUAUAUGGAAUGGAUGUCAUGAGUUAUACAGAACUUGAUUCAUUCGCUGAUCGCAAUUAUAAAAUAUUUAUCAAAAAUAAAGAGGAUAUAAAUGGAAAUCAAAUGCCCGAGGGAGGCGAAUGUUGUGUUUUAAAGGUCAUCAACUUUCAAGAAUCUCAAAAGCCAAAUGUACAGAAAAAAAUAGAUCAGAUGCAAGAAAUUCUACAAAAGAAUGGUUUCAACUGCACGUCCUCUUUUCCAGAUUUAAACAGCCGACAAUUUUCAUACCACCCCUUUCCUCGAGGGAUCGCUGAAGGUCAAGUUGAUCAAUGUCUUGUUAGAUUGUUGAAGUAUAUAAAAGGACGACCACUCGGUGCUGAUAAAUCACUACUGACAUCAUCAGUGCUAACUGAACUGGGAUCAUUGUUAGCUUUAUUUCAUUGUACGCUUCAGGAUUUCCCAUCAGAUGGUUUAGAUGUUGAUAUUAAUAAUAUAUGGUCUUUAGAAAAUCCUCGUCGGGUACUAUUUUAUUAUAGAUCUGAAAAGAAACUGGUUUUACAACCGCAAAUAGCUAACACUAUAACAGAAUAUGCAGAUAAAUUGGAUACAUUGAGAAAUGCUCUACCUAAAGGUAUUAUCCAUGGAGAUUUUCAUGAUUAUAAUGUUAUAAUUGAUUGGCCACGUAUAUUGAACAAUAAGAGCAACAACCAUGACAAUAAAAGUGCAUCAAAUACCCGAAGAGAAAACAUAUUAAAGAACUAUGCAAUAAUCGAUUUUAAUGAACUAUCAUAUUCUUUUCCUAUAUUAGAUGUAGUUCGCUUAACAACCGUGGUUAUGCGAAUUCAAAUGCACAAACACACAACAAUUUCUGUGUAUGACCUGGUCAAUGUCGUAGAUCAGAUACUAACUGGUUACGUCGAAUUUAGACAAUUAUCCGUCUUUGAAAUGGAUAUAUUACAUUUGGCAAUUGCAUACGGAUUCUGUCUAGGUAUUGUCACAAAGCAAUAUGUUCUUUCUAAAGAUCCCACCAACAUGUGUGCUGCCAAGGGAAUAGAUGAACAGACAUUUUUGUUACAGACCUGGAUGAAGAUAACAGACGAAGUAACAACCGAAUCGCUUUAUCCUCACAUGAUUAAUAACUUUUUGAAAACAGUUGUCUAGAAUAUUUAUUCAUCCACGAGGAACAAAAACUGAUUUGGUUUAAGUAUACUUCUGGAUAUGCGCUAAUUUAAAGUCUCGAUAAACUGAAAUGCUUACUCGUCGCGUUUAUGGUUUGGGGAGGGGGGGGGGCUCUAAAAGUGCACAUUUUCUAUUCGGCUAGUCUGGCCCCAUCAAAAGAACAUUAAAUGAUAACUGGAAAGGCUCGUUUGCCUUUCUAAUCUUGUAAAUAUUCUGUUUGUUAUUCGUUCAUUUACUGUUACGUUUGAGAGGUUCGCAUUUUCAAAUAUAAAUGAAUACCAGAAUAUUAUGUACUAAUCAUUACUGUUACGAUUUCAAACAUGCGAAAUGAUAAAACAAGAGCUUUAAAUAUUUAUCAACUCGCCUCGCUCGGCAAUAUCAAGAUCCAUUGCAACCUAACCACUCUUUGGGGGCAUAUAUUUUAGUUCUCUUGUCGCUUUGGCCUACGGUGAUUAGAGUAAAUAAUAGAAAUAGAUUAAAACACCAAUUCAAACGCCAAAAAGUCAUAUAAAUCAACAUUUUUACAUGUUUAUCACUUGGUUAAGCGGAGCCACGGUGGCUAAGUGAGUAGGGCGCUGGCUCGCUAUAUCCUGGAGGUUGCAAGUUCGCUCCCAUUGUUGACCGAGAACGUCCCUAGGGACUUUACGGCGCAGUUUAUCCUUGUUAGUGGGGCAGAACAGGGGCCUGACAAGGACAGCUGUCUAGUAGUUCGGGUGGGACGAAAGUCCCGUGUACACAUUGGCGUGCACGUAUAAUAUCCCUUGGAAGUUGGAAUUCGAUAUAAGAGUAGGCCGUAUGUCCGGGCAAAAUGUCCAUCAUAGCGCACUGCAUGGCGUAUGCCCGUCUUCAUUAGCCCAGCCGGAGCAGAACAGUAGGUCGUUAAACUCCAUUUCAUUUCAUUUCUUGGUUAAGCCUAAUAUGUCAUGAAUUUCGCUCAAUACAAGCUUUCGCCCCGUUUAUUCCAGUGGUACAACUGAAAAAUAAAACGCAACAAAAUAUAGACAAGGAAUAUUGAUGUAACGUAACAGGUCUUUAAACUUGUAGGAAGUUUACCUGGGC